CCCCACCACCCCCACGCCUCUAGACCAACCGCUAUGGCGACGGUUUACCGCUCGAACUCGCCAACAUCGCUUUGCAGUGACCAUUCCAUAUGGCUUACCCGAUGAAACUUUGAUGAAACUGAUGGGUUAAGUAGUAGAACGGUAUAAAAGGACCUGGGUUGCUGCCCUUUGACCCCCAGCGAUUGCAUCGUCCUUCUCUACAGUCUCUCUUUCAUACUUUUCACAAGGCAGAGCCUCUGUGCAUCUUCAUUACUCUCAUUCGUAUCGUCACUUCCGAACUUUUCCCCAAAUAACGCAAUGGUCGCCAAACUCUCUCUCCUGCUUGCUCUCGUUUCUAUUCAACUCGUCUCUGGCGCCGUCCUCCGCCGCCAAGGAACACAGUUUAUCACUGGUCUUUGCAAGAGCGAUGCCGAUUGCGCCUCCGGAUGUUGUGGAUUCAAGAGUGGCAAAUGUGCUGGUGCCAUUAUUGCACAAGAACGUGAUGGCGGUUGUGGUUUCGGGAACGCGACGCCCAAUGAUGACGCCGCCAGAAAACUCCGUGGUCAGGCCCCAGCCGCUCCCGCAGGAGGCGCAGCACCCCCAGCAGCCCCACCUGCUAACAACGGCGCUGGAGGUGCUGCUGCUGGAAGCGGCAAGGCUCCUGGUACCCAGUUCAUAACUGGAACUUGCGCCAACGACGGUGAAUGUGCAUCCGGCUGCUGUGGAUUCAAAAGUGGCAAGUGUGCUGGUGCCAUCAUUGCACAAGAGCGCGACGGUGGAUGUGGUUUUGGAAACGCGACGCCCAACGACGACGCUGCUAGAAAACUCCGUGGCCAAGCUCGCUCUCUAGAAGUUCGCCAAGGAACACAGUUUAUCACUGGGACUUGCAACGGCGAUGCCGAUUGUGCCUCUGGAUGCUGUGGAUUCAAGAGUGGCAAGUGUGCUGGUGCCAUUAUUGCACAAGAACGUGAUGGCGGUUGUGGUUUCGGGAACGCGACGCCCAAUGAUGACGCCGCCAGAAAACUCCGUGGUCAGGCCCCAGCCGCUCCCGCAGGAGGUGCAGCACCCCCAGCAGCCCCACCUGCUAACAACGGCGCUGGAGGCGCUGCUGCUGGAAGCGGCAAGGCUCCUGGUACCCAGUUCAUAACUGGAACUUGCGCCAACGACGGUGAAUGUGCAUCCGGCUGCUGUGGAUUCAAAAGUGGCAAGUGUGCUGGUGCCAUUAUUGCACAAGAACGUGAUGGCGGUUGUGGUUUCGGGAACGCGACGCCCAAUGACGACGCCGCCAGAAAACUCCGUGGCCAGGCUUAAAGUUUGAGAAAUAAUUGUUUUACCAAAGUUUGAUUGAUACCACUAGAGACGUAUGUUGUUACCCUGUACUGAAUGAAAGUCGUACUGGAGACGUACGGCCUUUCCCACUUCAAUGCGUGUGUGAAGUUGCCUCACCUGAAAAUCCCUCUUCUAAUGGACGAAAACACCUGC